AUGUCCCCCAACGACAGAUCUACUGAACCUACAGAGGAAAUCCAACCCAGGCAGAGCGAUGUUAUACGACGACCCUCCCUCGUGUCGUCACGGACGGGCUCCGAUGCCGGGCGACGGAGCUCCUUCCAACAUGUACGUUUCUCAACCGAUCUCGAUCGCGAGUCGGUUGAGGAACAAAGACAGACCAACUGGGAUCGACGUCCCAAUCCUCGCGGCUUGACUGUCGACACUGCGCUGGCGCCUCCAUCAGUUCGACCUGCGCCUUCGCCAACUUCUCCGCUGUCGCCUCCCAAUGCUGCCCAGAAUGCGACUCUCUCCCCUCUGUCCCCGACAAAUCCUGAGCCCGCCGGCCGGUCCCGGUCGCGAAACCGUGGAUACUCGCUACGUCGCACUAUAUUUAAUAAGGCAAUCAAUUCGACGACGGAGAAGGAUGACCUCGCCUUGGCUGAGCUGGGCGAGGUCAGGGAGCCGUCGUCAGAUGUGACCCAGACUCCGGUUGCGGCUGCUGAGACGCUCAGCUCCGCUGAUGAAAAGAAUGCGCUGAGUGUCGCGCCGACGGCGACGAUCGACUCGACUCACAAGGAGGACUCGACCACUUAUCUCUCCUCUGAGCCCCUCAAGAAACAGUUUUCUAUGUCUGUGGCUCAUGAGAAAUGGCUGCGCCGGAAGGCGACUACUGCUGCGGCUGUUGCGCGCUUCGAGGCGAUCAUGACAACUAUCCAGAAAUUUGUUCUGCGAAUCAAGGACAUUCCACCUACUCAGGAUGGGCGUCAUAUUGACCUCAAUCCCUCUAUGGUGGAUACUAUGCUUGAUGAGCGCACCGGGAAGCCAUAUGUCAGUAACUCCAUUCGUUCUAGCCGUUAUAGUCUCUGGAGUUUCUUCCCCCGCCAAUUCUUCGCCCAAUUCACGAAAGUCGCCAAUUUCUAUUUCUUGAUCGUCGCUAUCUUGCAAAUGAUUCCUGGCUUGAGUACAACUGGUACAUAUACGACUAUCGUGCCGCUUUUGAUCUUCGUUGGUAUCUCAAUGGGCAAGGAAGGGUUCGAUGAUUGGCGCCGAUAUCGUUUGGAUAAGGAGGAGAACAAUCGUGAUGCUUGGGUGCUCCGCCCGGGGCAUGGAACAAUGCAAGAUGGCGCUUCUAUUAUAAGCAACGCUCAGGAUUGGGUGCGGAUCAAGUGGGAUGAAAUCCGGGUGGGCGAUGUUCUGAAACUUGAACGUGACCAGCCGAUUCCUGCCGAUAUUGCUCUUAUUCAUGCCAGCGGACCCAAUGGUGUCGCUUAUAUUGAGACUAUGGCCCUGGAUGGUGAGACUAACUUGAAGAACAAGCAGCCUUGCCGGCCCGUGUCCAAGGUUUGCUCGACCGUGGAUGAUAUUACCAGCAACUCACUGCAUUUCGUCGUCGAAGACCCGAAUCUGGACCUUUACAAGUUUGACGGUCACGUCACAGUCAAUGCCCAGGAGAAGCUGCCCUUGACCAACAACGAGAUCGUGUACCGUGGUAGUAUUCUUCGCAACACUGACCGUGCUCUGGGUAUGGUGAUUUACACCGGCGAGGAGUGCAAGAUUCGCAUGAACGCCAACAAGAACCCGCGAAUUAAGAGACCUGCUUUGCAGGGCAAGGUUAACCGCGUCGUUAUGAUUAUCGUGCUGCUGGUCGUGAUCUUGGCCGUUGUCUGCACUGUAGCCUACAAGUACUGGUCUCAAGAUGUGGAGCAAUCGUCCUGGUAUCUUGAAGAUGCCACCGUCGACUACGGCCCCAUCUUCACCUCGUUCCUGAUCAUGUUCAAUACCAUGAUUCCCAUCUCGCUUUACGUCAGUAUGGAAAUUGUCAAGGUUGCACAGAUGCUGCUUCUCAAUGAUAUCGACAUGUAUGAUCCCGAAACCGACACCCCGCUCGAAGCGCACACGUCUACCAUCAACGAGGAACUUGGUCAAAUCAGCUAUAUCUUCUCUGACAAGACUGGUACCCUGACAAAUAACUCCAUGCGCUUCCGCAAGAUGAGCGUGGCUGGAACUGCCUGGCUGCAUGACGCGGACCUCCAAGAAGAGGCUGCCCGUGAAGCGAAGCGCAAAGGGAAAAAGGCCCUAGGCCGCAAGUCGAAUGUUUCCGAGGUCCAGAUGCCCCGUCCGUCUAAUGUCUCGGGAGCUCUUGAUGGUAUACGCCCUGGCAGGUCUGCCACAACUUACCGUACCGAAGAGAUGCUCGACUACAUCCAACGCAAGCCUUAUACUAUCUUUGCUCGAAAGGCCAAGCUUUUCAUUUUGUCUAUGGCACUUUGUCAUACUUGCAUUCCCGAAAAAGAUGAACACGGAAACACCACGUUCCAAGCUGCCUCGCCGGACGAGUUGGCCCUUGUCCUUGCUGCCCAGGAACUUGGUUAUCUUGUAGUGGAUCGCCAGUCAAACACCUUGACCAUCCGCACACAUCCUAACGGGCCUGAUGAAGCCACUACCGACGAGAUCUACGAAAUAAUGGACGUGAUCGAAUUCUCAAGCGCGCGAAAGCGCAUGUCAGUCGUCGUCCGCAUGCCCGAUCAACGAAUUUGCCUAUUCUGCAAAGGUGCCGAUACCACGCUGAUGCGUCUCCUCAAGCAAGCUGCGCUGGCUCACGAGAAAGCCAUUGAAAUCGAGCGACGUGCCAGCAAACGCAAGAAUGCCGAGGCGGACCAGGUCAUACGGCGUAACAGCGAGCACCACAGUCGAAAGAACAGUGGUGUUCGGAACAGUAUGACUCGUCCUAGCUUCACUCAUCGGCGCUCGUCAAUUACCGGACAGCAGGGUUCCGCUCUUCGCGCCAGUAUAGAUGCCUGGCUGCACGAUCGGGAGACUGAUGGCGGUAUGCUAAACCGAGAAGCCGAUAGCGAGUACUACAGUCCUCGCCCCUCGGCGCAGAUGGGACGACCCUCGGCUGCGAUCUCUGAUUCUGGAAGCUCAACGAACGGCGAGGAAGAAGAAGAUCUUGUGGAGGAGGCGCUGGUUGUUAAUGAGACAGCUAUUUUCGAGCGCUGCUUCCAGCACCUGAAUGACUUUGCCACCGACGGCCUGCGGACUUUAUUGUAUGGCCACCGAUUUUUGGAUGAAGCGACCUACACGAGUUGGAAAACUUCCUACAACGAGGCAUGCACAAGUCUUGUUGAUCGACAGCAGAAAAUCGAGCAGGCUGGCGAGCAGAUCGAGCAGCAGCUGGAGCUCACAGGUGCCACUGCUAUUGAGGAUAAGCUGCAGAAGGGCGUGCCGGAGGCUAUUGAAAAAUUGCGCCGAGCCAAUAUUAAGAUGUGGAUGUUGACUGGUGACAAGCGUGAGACUGCUAUCAAUGUCGGUCACUCGUGUCGUCUUGUCAAGGAAUACUCGACUCUGACUAUUCUCGACCAAGAGAAUGGCGACGUUGAACAAACGAUCGUCCAUCUCAUUGGGGAGAUUACUCGGGGUCGCGUGGCACAUUCUGUGGUCGUAGUCGAUGGUCAGACGCUCUCGACUAUCGAGGCCGAUGAGAUUGUGCGCGAGCAGUUCUUCCAACUGGCCGUCAAGGCGGACUCGGUCAUCUGUUGCCGUGCAAGCCCGAAGCAGAAAGCGUUUUUGGUGAAAACAAUUCGCAAACAUGUCAACGAUGCCAUCACUCUUGCUAUUGGAGACGGCGCUAAUGAUAUCGCAAUGAUCCAGGAGGCUCAUGUGGGUAUUGGUAUCGCUGGUAAAGAGGGAUUGCAGGCAGCUCGUAUUUCGGAUUACUCGAUCGGACAGUUCCGCUUCCUUCUCAAGUUGCUUUUGGUGCACGGUCGUUGGAACUACAUGCGUGCAUGCAAGUAUACGCUAGGCACUUUCUGGAAGGAAAUGUUGUUCUACCUGACUCAGGCGUUUUACCAGCGCUGGAACGGCUACACUGGCACCAGUUUGUACGAGCCGUGGAGUUUGAGUAUGUUCAACACGCUGUUCACCUCGCUUGCUGUUAUCUUCCUGGGCAUCUUCACCAAAGACCUAGCAGCAUCGACACUGCUGGCUGUGCCGGAGCUCUACACCAAGGGUCAAAAGCAUGGCGGCUUCAAUAUCUCGCUAUACCUAGGUUGGACAUUCAUGGCAACUUGUGAAGCAGUCAUCGUCUUCUUCACAAUGUGGAGUCUUUACGGUCUUGCCAACGUCAAUCCCAGCGGCAAUGACAUCUUCUCCAUGGGUCUCCUGACGUUCUCCGCAUGCAUCAUCAUCAUAAACCUCAAACUCCAAGUCCUGGAAGUCCACAACAAGACCUACAUGUCACUCAUCGUGAUAAUAAUCUCCGUCGGCGGCUGGUUCGUCUGGGAUUUGAUCCUCGACCGCGAAUACACCAUGGGCUCCGGCAAGGGCAUCUACUUCGUCCCGGGCAAUUUCAUCAACCACUCCGGCCGCAACCUCCUCUUCUGGGCCAUCCUCCUACUAUCCGUAAUGGCAGUCGUCCUCUUCGAAUUCACCGUCUCCACCUUACGCGUCCUCUUCUUCCCAACCGACGUCGACCUCUUCCAAGAAUAUGAACAAGACCUCGACAUCCGCAAACGCUUCGAAGAAGCCGCCGCCGCAGAACUCCAGCAGGGCUGGGACCACGGCACCAAGAAAUCCAGCUUCGAGAUCGCGCGAGAGACCGCCGAACUCGCUGAAAUGGACGCCCGCGAACGCCACGUCCGCGAGCUCCUCGCCCGUCCUCGCAUUAUGGUGGAUAAACCCGCCACGCAGGAAGUCGAGAUCGAUGGCUAUACCAGUGCCAGCGCGACAAAUAGCCAUAACGGCAGCGUACCGAGCCACCUCGGCGAUGCUAGUAGCCCGGGCCAUCUCUCCCCGGAAGACGCGAAUGGCCGUCGACCUUCCGUUGAGAUCCAUCAACUGUUCAGCCGAGGCUUUGGAAGUGUCCGGAGAGGUCAGCUUAAAUGA